CAUUCUUUUACGUUCAUUAUUGUGUGCAAGAGCAAAGCAGAGAAGACGUGAAGUCGCAGCUCACUGUUGUCCUUGACUACCGUGCCCGCGAACUAGUCCAGGGUGCUCGCUCCGCGCUUGUCGCACCUCAGCAAUCCGACCGAGACGCGUAUUUCAUCGUCUACUGGAAGACCUGGCAAAAUGACGGCUCACGUCCCAAUGGCAAGAGUGCCUUUUGCACCACUCGACAACCCGCGUCUACAACAUCUCGCGAGCGCGAAGAACCGUCAAAAUGGCGUCAACCUCGCUGCGGCGCAAAAGUCGGGCAAAACAAACAUGAACAACAUGAAGACAACCAUCAGCAGCACAAGCAACAAACGUGCAUACGAACCUUGCACAUUCGAUGAAUUCGACAGCGAAAAUGUCGACCCGGCAAUGUUUGAUUCGCCAUCAAAGAAGACGAAAGGAAACGCGUUUGAUCUUAAGCAGCAGAAGUCAUUCACUUUCAGCUUGACUACUUCUAAACCCAUGCCGGCGACGACAAUUAUGGCCCCACCUUCAGCUUCUCCUUCACCGCGCGCACUCUCAACUCCUCUCCGCCGGAAAAUGUCCUCGCCGCGCGCGCCUCUGACUGCACCUGCUGGAAGAUCCCCGAAGAGGAAACUUCUCGGUGUCGGCGGUGCUUCACGACGGAUUUCUGCGCCUUUUACUCGUAUUGAUCCGCCUUCUUUUGGAAGUUCUUCGGCUUCUGCACUACCUUUCAGUCUCGACGCGGCGCUCAGUGGAUCACUUCCAAACUCGAGUUCGAAAAUGUCUGUCGCGGCACCUCCUUCCACAGGCGCGACCAUCGCAGAAAGCAUGCCCAAAAACUGGUUCUUCGAAAUCUACGAAGAUACUCCCGAAGAAGAAGCCGCGAAUUUGAUGGAGCACAGUACUCUUACCUUGGACUUGUCGAGUGAUGAUGAAGGGGAAAUGGGGAAGAAGGAAGUUUAUCGUGGGAAAGAGAAUACGCCGCCGGAGGGGUAUGAUGCUCCUACUGCUUCUUCUUCUUCGCCACGUGCUGCUGUCACGACGACGACGGAGAUUGUGAGGAAGAAGGUUCUGGCGAAGGAUGAAAUGGAUGAUGGGUCGAGGUCGCCGCUUUCGGACUUGGAGACGGAGGGUUUCUUUCCGGAGGGGCUGAGUAAGGAGUCUUUUGUGGUUGUUGAUGAGGAGAAGACGGUGGCUGUUGUUGCUGCUGCUGCUGUGGAGGCUGAGGAGGUUGUUGACGUACCGGUCGUCGAUGUCAAGGGGGAUGUCAAGGGGGAGAUCAUUGUGUGGGAGAAUGAGGAUGUUGUUUGAGAGAUGUUGUUGUCGACUUGGAUGGCGGGUUUUCUGUUUUUGAUUCUGUGCCAGUCAGGAUUUCACUACUUUGAGGGCCCGCGUUUCUUUGCUGGGUCAUUGUGAGCGGGAGACUGCUUCUUGUUACGAUGUUUACGCUGUGUAUGAAUUCUAUUGAGC